AUGAAAUUAAAUAUUGACAUUGAAUCCACUGGUACGAGUAGAGUUACAGAGCUGCAUGAACUUGAUGAGUAUCAUUAUCAUACGUUUGAGAGCACCAGGUUGUACAAGGAAAUGAAGAAGAUGAUCCAUGACAAAAAUAUUGUGGAGCGAGCUUUUAAGCCUGGAGACUUGGUAAUGUUAUACAAUUCAAGACUAAAAUUGUUUCUAGGUAAGUUGAAGUCAAGAUGGUCAAGACCAUUUCAUGUGCUAGAGAUACAUCCUAUGGGAGCAGUUGCAAUUGAGUCGGAAGAUGGAGCUCACAAGUUCACAGUCAAUGGGCAAAGGUUGAAGCAAUACCUUGGCAUGGGAAAUGAAGAAAAAGUUAUAUCGGUGAUGUAUUUGAAUGAACCCCAAGUGUUGAGUGAACCAUGA